UAAAAACGCAAAAUGCGUCCCAAUUUGUUGGAGGUUUUGGACACAAGUUGAUCAUUUCUCUUCAUCAAGCCGCCUUUUCUUCUGAACCGCUCCCCCUUUUUGUGCCGUGCCGGAAUUGAAUUAUCCCACUUUUCGAAAGCCUGUUUUUGAUGUGAACAAAAUGAUUACAUGCUUGGCGUAGAUAUUCAUUUAUAAGGACUUAAUCCACUUUUAUCUUCGCCCUUCAUGUUCCUUCCUCCUCCCACCCUCCACUUCUUCUCCUUCUUCUUCUUCUUCUUCUUCUUCUUCUUCACUCCUCCGUGUGUAACCUUGCCACUUUGCUUUAAUAUUCAUGGCCACUGAAGCCGAGGGGGAUUGGACGUGUCUCUCUAAUUUAAGCCAGAUAAGCUUCAUCAUUCAGCGGCUGAUUUAAUGGGCGUCAUGUGACCGCUGCACCAGGAAAGAAAGGAAAGGAGAGGAAGGAUCCACUUAAUAGAAGGGCCACAUUUGUGAGGGGGUUUGUUGUAAGUGCGUGUUGGAUGAAUCCUUCGUCAGACCAGAGGGGCAAGGCAAGAAGGCAGUCCGUGGGCGAGCAAGCGGUCGGGGGCUGGAGAGAGGCAACGAGGUCCGUGUCCAAGCAGGGGCCGAGGAUCGAGGGAGGCAGUCCAAAAUCCAGAGAGGAGUCGAGGCACACAGCUCGAUCACGGGGAACAGGCGGCCUCUUCAUCAGAAACACGGAUCAGGAGUAUACCGCCUUCCGCUUGGCCAUCUUCCUGCACAACACCAGCCCCAAUGCCUCGGAAGCGCCCUUCAACCUGGUGCCUCACGUGGACAACAUCGAGACGGCCAACAGCUUCGCCGUCACCAACGCCUUUUGCUCCCAGUACUCCCGCGGUGUCUUCGCCAUCUUCGGCCUCUACGACAAGCGAUCGGUGCACACGUUGACGUCCUUCUGCAGCGCCCUGCACAUCUCCCUCAUCACGCCCAGCUUCCCCAUCGAGGGCGAGAGCCAGUUCACGCUGCAGCUGCGGCCGUCCAUCCGCGGGGCGCUGCUGUCCCUGCUGGACCACUACGACUGGAACAAGUUUGUCUUCCUCUACGACACCGACCGAGGUUACGCCAUCCUGCAGGCCAUCAUGGAGAGGGCGGGCCAAAACAACUGGCAGGUGAGCGCCAUCUGCGUGGAGAACUUCAACGACGCCAACUACCGCCGCCUGCUGGACGACCUGGACCGGCGGCAGGAGAAGAAGUUUGUGAUCGACCUCGAGGCCGAGAGGCUGCAGAACAUGCUGGAACAGAUUGUCAGCGUGGGGAAACACGUCAAAGGCUACCAUUACAUCAUGGCCAACCUGGGCUUCAAAGACAUCAAUCUGGAGCGCUUCAUGCACGGCGGCGCCAACGUGACGGGCUUCCAGCUGGUGGACUUCAGCAACCCCAUGGUCAUCAAGCUGAUGCAGCGCUGGAACAAGCUGGAUCAGAGGGAGUACCCGGGCUCCGACGCCCCGCCCAAGGCAUUCUCUCCAUCUGUCUUCCAGUAUACGUCGGCGUUGACCUACGACGGGGUGAUGGUGAUGGCCGAGGCCUUCAGGAACCUGCGCAGGCAGAAGGUGGACAUUUCCCGAAGGGGGAACGCCGGCGACUGCCUGGCCAACCCCGCUGCCCCCUGGAACCAAGGCAUCGACAUGGAGCGUACUCUCAAACAGGUGCGGCUGCAGGGACUCACAGGUAAUGUCCAGUUUGACCACUAUGGCCGCAGGGUCAACUACACGAUGGACGUGUUUGAGCUGAAGAAUAAUGGACCACGACGGAUCGGCUACUGGAACGACGCCGACAAGCUGGUGCUGAUCCAGGACUCGCCGCUCCUCCCCAACGACACGUCCGGCAUGGAAAACCGCACGGUGGUGGUGACCACCAUCAUGGAGGGUCCCUAUGUGAUGCUCAAGAAGAACUGGGAGAUGUACGAGGGCAACGACCAGUACGAGGGAUACUGCGUGGACCUGGCCUCCGAGAUCGCAAAGCACAUCGGCAUCAAGUACAAGAUCUCCAUCGUCCCCGAUGGGAAGUACGGCGCCCGGGACCCAGAGACGAAGAUCUGGAACGGCAUGGUCGGGGAGCUGGUGUACGGGAAAGCGGAAAUCGCUGUGGCCCCUUUGACAAUCACGUUGGUCCGGGAAGAGGUGAUCGACUUCUCCAAGCCCUUCAUGUCGUUGGGCAUCUCCAUCAUGAUCAAGAAGCCCCAGAAAUCCAAACCGGGCGUCUUCUCCUUCCUGGACCCGCUGGCCUACGAGAUCUGGAUGUGCAUCGUGUUCGCCUACAUCGGCGUGAGCGUGGUGCUCUUCCUGGUCAGCCGCUUCAGCCCGUACGAGUGGCACACCGAGGAGCCCGAGGAGGGCACCGACGGUCCGCCAAGCGACCAGCCCCCCAAUGAGUUUGGCAUCUUCAACUCCCUCUGGUUCUCCCUGGGCGCCUUCAUGCAACAAGGCUGCGACAUCUCCCCCAGGUCCCUGUCCGGUCGGAUUGUAGGCGGCGUGUGGUGGUUCUUCACUCUCAUCAUCAUCUCGUCCUACACGGCUAACCUGGCCGCCUUCCUCACCGUGGAGAGGAUGGUGUCCCCCAUCGAAAGCGCCGAGGACCUGGCCAAGCAGACGGACAUUGCGUACGGGACUUUGGACUCCGGCUCCACCAAGGAGUUCUUCAGGCGUUCCAAGAUCGCCGUGUACGAGAAGAUGUGGGGCUACAUGAAGUCGGCCGAGCCCACCGUCUUCACCAAGACCACGGCGGAGGGCGUGGCGCGCGUUCGCAAGUCCAAGGGGAAGUACGCCUUCCUGCUGGAGUCCACCAUGAACGAGUACACGGAGCAGCGCAAGCCGUGCGACACCAUGAAAGUGGGGGGCAACCUGGACUCCAAAGGCUACGGCGUGGCCACGCCCAAGGGUUCACAGUUAAGAACGCCCGUAAACCUUGCCGUAUUGAAACUGAGCGAAGCAGGAGUCUUAGACAAACUGAAAAACAAAUGGUGGUACGAUAAAGGGGAGUGUGGACCCAAGGACUCAGGAAGUAAGGACAAAUCGUCACAGGCCCUCAGUCUGAGCAACGUGGCGGGGGUCUUCUACAUCCUGGUGGGAGGUCUGGGCCUGGCCAUGCUGGUGGCCCUCAUCGAGUUCUGCUACAAGUCUCGCAACGAGGCCAAGAGAAUGAAGAUGACGUUUACGGAAGCCAUGAGGAACAAAGCCCGCCUGUCCAUCACGGGCAGCGUGGGCGAGAACGGACGCGUGCUGACGCCCGACUGCCCCAAGGCCGUGCACGCGGGGCCACCCCUCCGCCAGAGCUCGGGCCUCGCCCUGGUCUCCUCCGAGCUGCCGUGAAAGCCAAAAACCUCUCAAGUGCCUUAUUCCGAGCGCAAAAACCGGUAAACAGAGCAGCAGGCUUGGCGACCCCCUACCUGACCAGCUGGCGAGGCGGGACCACCGUCUCGAGGGUUUUUCUGUUUUGUUUUUAAAGAACGACUCAACGAGAUGUGCGGAAGCACCACGAGGAGAAUAUCAUCAUUUACAAUCAUAUAUGACACGAACACCGAUAAACUGCUUUCGGAUGGUUCCCAGGAGACGUUCCACGUACUCUUCGAUAUCAACAAGUGGGAUGAGAACAUUUGUAUCCAUACUAGAAAGUCUAUAUAUACAGACAUACGUACAUAUGUAUAUUGAGUAGCUGUAUAUAAGGACGACUGUGCUUGCUCAUUUUUAAACAAAGAUUGUGUAGUGGCCACUUGUUGGGUUUUCUAACGGCAAUAACAUUCUAAGACUGAGGAACAUUUCCAAAUGUAGCAGCCUCGUACAAACUAAUCGAUUCCAUUUCUACCAUGAAUGUCAACAGGCUCCGCCACCCCCCGGCCCCUCCAGAACCCACACUGUGUUUAAAAAAAAAUGUGGUCCGAAUAGAACUAUUUUUUUCAUUCUUUGGUCUAUUUUUUCUACAGAAGAUAAAUAUUAACAGCGUAGAUCUUUUAGUUUGUAUGUGAAUGCAAACAUCGGCCAUUUUCUCUUCAAUGUUGUCAGAAUAUUUCUGUACGUUUUUUGUGUGUGUCAAAACUCUUGUCUUUACGCGGGAACACUGUGGACACGCCCUCGUCGCUCCACUCGGAAUGUCCCGGAAGUAAAAAAAAAAAAAAAAGACACUUAAGAGCGGCGAUGGCGUUCUUGGCCUUUUUUUGUCCAUCUUCUAAAUUAUAAAGUACCACUAAGAGUUCAAAAUUGUACAUUUUUAUUUAGAACUUUUUUUUUUUAAGUAAAAAAAAAAAAAUCAUUCAAAGUACAUUGUCUUGUCUUUACUAGAUUUUCUGGACCAGGAAGCUUCUCGCACUAGCAGGUAAACAAUAUUGUUUCAACAGUUUCCAUCCUACUUCAAACACCAUCCUUUAUGUUUUAGUGGAGUCCCUUUGAAAUACUUUUGUACAAUAAAGAUGCUAAAACAAAUCAAUAUAAGAUCGUUUAGCUGCACUACUGUCUUUACCGUGUUGCUGUUCUAUGUAAACCUGGGGUGUCUAAAUUGUGGCCCGCAACAGAUUUGUUUGUUUUUUUACGGGCAGCCGCACAUUCUAAAGGUUACCCCAAAAAAAAGUGGAAUAAAAAAAUUAAACAGGUGAAAUGUAGCAAGAAAAAGUUGCUAUGUUGACUCAAAUACAACUCCUUGCUCAAAAUAUAAUGAACCAAAAUCAAUGUUAUGAAUUAUUGACUUAUUCAAGGCUCCAAUUACUGCACAUCAAUUAUUACACUUUGAAAUAUUUGGGGGGGAAAUAUUGAAUAUUUUGAUUGUUUGCCAUAAAGAAUUUUUUUUUGACAAAAAAUUCAUAAUUGAUGGAUAGAGCAUUUUUAACACUUUAAUGAGGGGGGCCAAUUUUUGAUUACUGAAAAUUUAAGUGGGACUUUUUUUUUUCUU